UCCAAGUCGGCUUUCGGUAUUACAAAAGUUGAAUACAGCUAGUUGGAAAUUCAAAUGGUUGAGGUAUCUCACUUUUCGAUAUAAAGAUGCAGUCUGGGGCUGAUAAAUCAUUAGUGAACAUGGAGAAGGAAGAGCCAACUGACCUUAUUAGCAGUUUGCCCCAAGAAAUUAUCCGUUGCAUUGUUUCACUCCUCCCAUUGAAAGAUGCAGCUAGAACUAGCGUUCUUUCCAGUCUAUGGAGAAGCCUUUGGGCGCCUACCCAUGUCAAUUUUGAUUUUGAUUUUGAUCGAGUCACCAGUCAUGAAGCUAGCGAAAAUGUCAUUCGAGCUUUGGGUAGAUUCUUAUCUUCCCAGAAUGGGUCGUUGAGGCUUUGUGUGGGCUUUCUCAAAGGCAGAGGAGAUUGCUUGAUAAUGGAGGAUGGAUGGGUUAUUUUGGCUACAAAGGUGGACCUCAACUUCUCUGGGGGACAUACCACGUGGGUAAGAGAUUUCCGUUUGAAGUUGGAUGUGGGUCGUCCAUGUCUAGUCCACAAGAUUUCAGAAGCCUCUUGCUUUGCGUCUCUCAAGAAUCUCCAUUUUGAAUCCGUUUCGUUUCUGGCCGAGGACAUAGUUCCGGCUUUGUUCUCUAAUUGCCUGCUUCUUGAGAGCUUGAGGUUUGUGAAAUGCAGGGAUCUGCGGAGCAUAGAUGUUGAAGCGGCUUCUUCUUUCCAUAGUUUUGAAAUGGUGGAUUGUCCAAACGUGGCCAGCAUCACUCUUUCUGCACCUAAUCUCAAAUCAUUCCGGUACGGUGGGAUUCUUCCCUCCAUUCAAAUAAAUAAGGGUUCCAACUUGGUGGAUUCUAUCCUUGAUUUCAUACAAAGCCCAGCCAAUUAUGAGUUCGACACGGAGCAACUUAUCUCUCUUCUUGCAGAUCUUAAGGAGGUUGAGAUUCUUACUCUCAGUGGCUGGCUUCUCCAGUUCUUGUGCUUGGCAGGAGUUAUAUUCAAUAAGCUUGACUUCCAAUUCAACAAGUUAAAGGAACUAUGGUGGAAGGGCUCUUCCAUGGACAGAGAGAAGAGGGAUUCCAUGUCUUGCUUCUUAAACAUCACUCCAUCUUUAGAGAGGCUAUUCAUAGAUAUUGACCCGCAGCUCCGGUCAAUUCCUACUCUAAUUUUUCACCAGUACUGGCAUGAGCCUCAUCUCUGGAUGGACUACGCAACUGUUAAGUCUAAUGCUUCACCACUCAAGCACCUUAGCAUGGUAUCCAUUUCAGGGUUCACAAGAAAAUUAGAUGAGGUGAUAUUAUUGGAUCUUCUGUUCGAGAAGGCAGUUAUUCUCCAGAGGAUGAUUGUAAACUCGAGGGAGAAUAACUGUUGGCGGGUGGUAAAGAUUCCCAAGAUUCAGAUGCACCAAGCAUGGAGAAGGCAGUGGAAAUUUUCAGUUGCAUCUCAAGAAAAUAAGUAUUUAUAUGGGUUUAUAGAAGACGAUUGCAGUCACCCAUCUCCAAAACAUGGCGAGAUGUGUAAGUAGGCUGUGUUGGUGUUCAUACCGUAUGGAAACAGAGUCAGUUUGGGAUAUAACACUAAAUUACAGACACGCCCCCAAGGUGAUGGUGUUCUUGCAACGACUAGUGUCCAUGACUAUAAUAUCACCUGAGAAUCAUUCAUGGAGUGUUGCAAAGGUCCCUCUGAGCCAGCUAAAGCAGACGUCCAGAAGCUUCCCAAAGCAAAUGGUGGUUUCAGCUUCAAACAAGUACCUUUUUAGAUUUGCGGGAUAAGAUAACAGUUGCUCACGUUAAGGUUGUAUGUAAAAAUUUGAGGCUUCUCUUCAGUGUCCAAAGGAAAAAAUCUUAAUGCCAUGUAUAUAAAAUAUAAAACUUCUUGUGGAUUGAUAGAUCAGCUUGAUUUCUUCAACUGCAUACCAAUUUGGUAGCUCUGCUAUACUUUCUCUGAGAAUGAAAUAAAGGUGGAUUCCUGGA